AUGGUAAAAAAGAACCAAGAAAAUCACACUGCUGGAGUCACGUUUACCCUCUUGGGCUUCUCAGAAUAUGCCGACCUCCAGGUGCCCCUGUUCCUGGUGUUCCUGACCAUCUACACGGUCACUGUGCUGGGGAACCUGGGCAUGAUCGUGAUCAUCAGGAUCAACCCCAAACUCCACACCCCCAUGUACUUUUUCCUCAGCCACUUGUCCUUUGUCGAUUUCUGUUAUUCCACCACAGUGACACCCAAACUGCUGGAGAACUUGGUUGUGGAGGACAGGACCAUCUCCUUCACAGGAUGCAUCGUGCAGUUCUUCUUUGCCUGCAUCUUCAUCGUGACAGAAACCUUCAUGUUGGUAGUGAUGGCCUAUGACCGAUUUGUGGCAGUUUGUAACCCUCUGCUCUACACAGUUGUCAUGUCCCCAAAGCUCUGUGCAUCCUUAGUGUCUGGGCCCUAUGCAUGGGGUAUAGUCUGGUCCCUGAUACUCACCUAUUUUCUACUGGAAUUAUCCUUCAGAGGAAAUAAUAUCGUAAAUAACUUUUUCUGUGAGCAUGGUGCCAUUGUUGCUGUGUCCUGCUCUGACCCCUACAUUAGCCAGAAGGUCACUUCAUUUUCUGCUACAUUCAAUGAAAUAAGCAGCCUGAUGAUCAUUCUUACUUCCUAUGUUUUCAUUUUUAUCACUGUCAUGAAGAUGCCUUCACCUGGGGGGCGCCAUAAAGCCUUCUCCACCUGUGCCUCCCACAUGACCACCAUUACCAUUUUCCAUGGAACCAUCCUGUUUCUCUACUGCAUUCCUAACUCCAAAAGCUCAUGGCUCAUGGUCAAGGUGGCCUCUGUCUUUUACACCGUGGUCAUUCCCAUGCUUAACCCUCUGAUCUAUAGCCUCAGGAACAAGGAUGUAAAAGACACAGUCAGGAAGUUAAUAAAUAACAAAUUAUUUUGUCACACAUUGUAA